AUGGGAUUGGUAACAUAUUGUGAACGGUUUGUUAAUAACCUGGCAACAAUCACAGCACCAUUACGCGAGUUGACCAUCAAAUGCGUUGUUUGGAAAUGGACAGAUAGGCACCAACAGGCAUUCAACAAGGUCAAAGAAGAAAUUGCGAAAGAUUGUACCACUGCUUUUUAUGACCGAUCUAAACGAACUCGAGUAACAGUUGACGCAAGACCAGUCGGAUUAGGGGCCAUUUUAUCACAGUUUGAUAGGGACGGCAACGAGGGAAUUGUUGCGUAUGUAAGCCGUAGUCUCAGCAAGGUUGAACAGCGAUUUUCACAAACUGAAAAAGAGGCGCUUGGAGUUGUUUUUGGUUGUGAGAAAUUAUGUAUCUUAUUGGAAUUGAAUUUGAGUUGGAUACGGAUCAUAAACCGUUAG